AUGUUCCUGUGACGCGCAGAAAUUUUAAACUAUCGUCCUUCUCAGUGAUGGCGGCUUCGUUUCGUUCUCUCCCUGCAACCUGUAAUAACAAAUGGUACUACACCCGACAGCAGAUCGACAACAGCCCAUCUCGGCGAGCUGGACUUGAUCCGGAUAAGGAACUGUCCUACAGACAACAGGCAGCGAACCUGCUCCAGGACAUGGGACAGCGGCUCAAUGUGUCCCAACUCACAAUUAAUACAGCCAUUGUGUACAUGCAUCGAUUCUACAUGGUCCAAUCAUUCACCAGGUUUCACAGAAACGUUAUUUCUCCUGCCGCGCUCUUCCUCGCUGCAAAGGUUGAGGAGCAGCCCCGUAAGCUGGAACAUGUUAUAAAGGUGGCCCACGCAUGCCUCAAUCCUCAGGAUCCUUCUCCAGAUGUACGCAGUGAUGCCUACCUGCAACAAGCCCAAGACCUGGUCAUUCUUGAGAGCAUAAUACUCCAGACCUUGGCUUUUGAAAUCACCAUUGACCACCCGCAUACUCAUGUUGUCAAGUGCACUCAGCUUGUCAGAGUUGUUGUUCCAGCGAGUAAGGAUUUGGCUCAAACAUCAUACUUUAUGGCUACGAACAGUCUGCACUUGACCACGUUCUGCCUGCAGUAUAGUCCGCCCGUCGUGGCCUGUGUGUGCAUCCAUCUCGCCUGCAAAUGGUCCAACUGGGAGAUCCCUGUAUCCACGGAUGGCAAACACUGGUGGGAGUAUGUUGAUCCCACAGUUACCCUCGAGCUGCUGGAUGAGCUCACACAUGAGUUCCUGCAGAUUUUGGAGAAAACACCCAGCCGGUUGAAACGGAUUCGCAACUGGAAGGCUGGAGGUCAGACGCCAAAAGCCAAGCCAAAAGUCCAGGAGGAGGGUGACCAGAGGGACACCAUGAUGAGCAUGAUCUCCAUGGCUUCAUCAGAGAGCACCGUGGCAGGCCUGAUGAGCCUCUCAGCUCCACCCUCUGCCUCUUCUUCCUCAUCCACGGGUGACAAGGAGAAGGGUGCAUCUGGCAGUGCUCAGACUUGGAGCGGAAAAGGUGCAGCUGUAUCUGAGCAGCAGCAACAACAGCAGCAGUCCAACAACGAGGUUCACGCCCCAGCUAAGGUAUCGCUGAGUGAGUACCGUGCCAAGAACGCAGACGUCCUGGCCGCUCAGAAGAGGAAGCUGGAGAACAUGGAGGCCAGCGUGAAGAGGGACUAUGCCAACGCUGCCCAGGCUCUUAUUGGUCAGCAGCAGAGGAAGGAGAAGCAGCCGCAUCAUCACCAGCAGUCCAGCUCUUCCUCCUCUGACGUGUCGAAUCCGUCCCCCAUUAUUCUGAAAAUCCCCCUGGAGAAGGAAAGGCACGACAGGAGUUCUCUCAAAAUGCGUUUCCCCCUAGCUGGAGGAGGAGGAGGCAGCGGGCACAGUGCCCGGGGUCAGGAUCAGGACAUCAAAGUCAGAAUACGAGUGCCUGAGAAGCAAAGGGGGAGUUCAGGAGAGGAGGGCAAGAGCAGGGACAAACACAGGGAACGCUCUAACCACCAUCACCAUCACCACAACCACCAUCACCAUUCCUCCUCUAGCAGUGCCUCACUCUCCUCUUCACAUAAACAUUCAUCUAGUUCCAGUGGGGCAGUAGGAAGCAGCAAAAAAGUCCCCAGUGACUCUUCUAGAACGGGCUCUUCAUCCUCCUCUGCCUCACGUAAGAGGACGCACUCCCAAGACCCCACAGCAGGCUCUCAUCCUGCCUCUAAAGCCAGCAAGUCGUCUAGGAAUCCCUACCAGCUACCGUCCCUGUCUUCCUCCUCUGGACAAACUCUGGGGCAUGGUCCCGACAUUCUGCCCACGCUGGGCCUUCCCAGUUUUUCACACUCCAAAGGCGACAAGACAGACACUAAUGGGCACGGUGCAGCAGGCGGAGCCCAGUCGAACGAGUACCAGGACACUUUUGAAAUGCUAAACUCACUUCUGAGUGCACAGGGGGUCCAGCCGUCCCAGCCGUCCAUGUUUGACUACAGAUCCCAAUAUGGGGACUACCGGUACAGUGGUGGGUCCAGAGGCAGCAACUCCAGACCCCCACCUCUGCCUUCAGAUCCACCUCCCCCUCUGCCGCCGUUACCCAAAUGAGUUCCGGAUCGGGAGACGUAUUAUGUACAUUGUACCUGACAUCACAAACAUACAUAUUAGUACAUAAAGUAUUGUUUUUUGUUUUCUUUUUUUAACUCACCUGUCAUUUUUAAAGGCAUCAGUUUGACAGCAGCGAAAUGUAGUGGUGAGAUAAAACUUUUUUUUUUUUAACCUUUUUCUUUUUCAGCUCGCUUGUUGGGCAAUAAUGAGGCUUUAAAAGCUUGAAAAUGUGAUUAAAAAAAAAAAAUAACAGAAAAGUGUAAUAAGAUAGAUAAUGUUUUGCUCUUCUGUUCAACUCAAAUGAAAUGUGAUGACAGGACCUGGUAUUUAUACCAUCACUGUUUUGGAGGAAGUCAUCUUGAAAUCAUGAGGAAACUAAAAGAUUUCCAUCAUGUACCUAUUAGGUCUUCUUAUCAACUGUCUUUUUAUAAUGUUUUUAUAGUAUGUUAUUUAUUGAUUGAAUGCUUUUAAAAAAAAAACAAAAAAAAACAUAGUCCCCCUUUUAUACCUUUUUAAGGUUUCCCCUCUGCGUGUGGGCAGAGGGAUGUUUCUUCAUCCAGACUGUACAGGCUAGUUUGAGAGUGCAUGUCUCCAAAGCCAUCUUUUUAAUAUUUUUGUCUUUUUCAAAAUAUUUUUUUCUUUUAACAGCCAUAACCUAAGGAAAAUAGGUGACUGCCCCACCCCUGGUGUUCUAUUUUAUUUCCUGCAUUAUUUGGUAAACUUGUACAAAGACUGUAAAAUGUUUAAAACAAACAUGAAAUAUUUUUUACUUUUUGUUAUAAAAGAAAAUCUGCAAAAAAAAAAGAAAAGAAAAAGAUGUAAAUUAAGGAAGCGUGUACUUCUGUUUUUAGAUUUUUGAGUGUUGCAGUCAUUGUUUUAAAUGGUUGUAAGAUAUUCAUAUUCAGUUCUCUGAUUACACUAAUGGACCGUUCAUACCAACGAUAUACAUCUGUAGUUUAUCAAAGAGCUCAGAAAGCUCAAACAUAUCAACCUGGUAUGGUCACAAUGAAGGACGGGCCAACAAAAUAUAUCAUUGAUCUGUCACGUGUUCAUUGGUUUAGGGUGGACAUGAGAAAGACAGGAUAUGAUGUAUUACAUUUAAGUGUUGUUGUAAAAUGCAACAUGCAUCGUUAGAACAGCUGCCCUGAAACUGCCCCCCAAAAGUUUUCCUGCCAGUGCUUUCUUUGUGGUGACCAUAUUGAUCACAGUAUAUAAUAAAGUAUUCAAAAAGACACAAUAUCAAAGACUAAUCAAAUGCCAUCUGUCUGUCAUUUCAUGUUAUGGUUGACUUUCAUUUAUGCGGUUUCUUUGGUGAUGUUUGAAAUGUGUAAACCCAGUGUACACCUGUCUGUUUAUUUGACAGGUCUGAUGUAAUGUUUAAAGCGUUUCUUUUUACUCAAUACCUUCAAACU